GAUGCUUACAACCAGACCACCGAUGGCGUGCUGAAGGCGAUGCACCAGAUGAGAAGUCUCGAAGAUUACGUGAAGGAUUUGCCUGUUGACGCAGAACUCAUCGCAAAGGGGAAGAGGGAAUCGGACCUGUACAAGGACCAGAUCGCCGACUACAUCUAUCCGGUCAUGGUCAGUGCCCAGGAGUUCCAGGAGACUGCCUGUCCAGCAUUGUUUCGCGAGGGCAGACGGGUGCUGACGCGCCUCUUGCACUUCGCCGCUGACGGACGUGAGAACGGCCCGUCCUUCCAGAAGAUGUUUCCAGUCCUUUUCGUUGCACCAUCUGGCUCGCGAGCGAUCCCACUGCACCAGCAUGGGCCAUACAAC